AUGUUCCUUGGUUCCUUUCAAUGCCAGAUCCCUGUACCACAUAUGGCGGACCUUAUGGCACCCAGAUAUCAAUCAUUCCAGAUCGAGAAACCUGUGUCAGAGUUUUUCACAGGUACCUACCCCUGGGAUGAAAAGGAUCAGGAUGCCGACAAGGAAGAGGCCCAUUCCCUGGAUGUAGAGGAUGAAGAAAUAGAUCUUCGAGCUAUUGGAAAAUUUGAAAUCACUCACAUAUUGUUUCAUGAAGACCUCCCAGAAAUGAAAGAAAUUCGAGAUGGGAAGCAAUGCCAAGCCCCUACAAAAUGGGGUGCAUCUGCCCUCCAAGCUACUGUCUCUAUGGGGAGAGGUCAUUAUUGCACACGUCAACUUACCACGCUGGUGCGGAAAUUCCUGGAUGAUCGUACCUUUCUUCUGGUUAAUCCCUAUGGAGAUUGGAACCAAUCGAUGCUCAUUGAUGAGGAUUUAUCCCUGGACAUCAAUUUGUAUCUCCAAGAAAUCGGAAAGGAUGUCUCGGCAAAGAAGGUGAAAGGUCAAUAUGCAGAUGGUCAUGAGUGUGAGGACGUCGUUUAUUACCAGGACCACACUUUCUUACCACAAUGGAAAGUGCUUGAAGCUCGAAUGGAAAACUGGAGCAAAGAGAAUGAGAAGGAACAUGGUCCUCGACCUGAUGGAAAAACAGUCAUAUCUUGGUUCAACGACGAGUGCAUAUUCUAUGCAAACGAUCGUACACUGCGUGGGUGGUACCACAAGGAUUCCCCAGAAAAACCGUAUACAAAAGGAGAGGGCGCGCCGUUGAUGAUUGGCAAGUUUGUGUCAGCCAAAUUUGGUUGGCUCCAGUCGCCAGAUGGGAAACAAAGCACUCGCAUAAUCAUGAAGCCAGGAAAGAAUUGUGAUGGAUAUAUGACGGCAGAUGACAUCGUUGACCAAGCCAACUGUGCAAUGGACAUACUCACGGAGUGGUACCCUGAGUAUGAGCAUGUUUCCAUUUAUGACAACACGCCCACACAUCUGAAAAGACCGGAUGGCUUGCUUUCGGCUCGUCGGAUGCCAAAAAAUAUCCCAAAGGAAGGACAUAACUGGGUGGUUGAAGUUACAAAGCGUGACAAUACAGGAAAUCCAGUUCACCUACCUGACAGAACAACUGCCAAGGAGAAAAUCAAAAUGGGUAAUGCACGCUUUGCUGAUGGGACUCCCCAAGCGCUGUAUUUCCCAGAAGGUCAUCCUCGCACCGGCGUGUUCAAGGGAAUGGCAUACAUCUUGGAGGAGUGUGGACUUGUUAAGGAGUUGAAACUCCAUGCGGAAUGCAAGAACUUCAAAUGCGCUCCACUGGCUAUUGAUUGUUGUUGUCACUGGGUUCUGUACAAUCAACCCGAUUUCACGCACAUUCCCACCAUUCUCAAAAACACCUGCAACACUCGUGGAUUCAGGUUGAUAUAUCUUCCAAAUUUUCACUGUGAAUUAAAUUUUAUUGAGCAGUGCUGGGGCUACGCCAAGAGGAUUUAUCGCUUAAACCCGCCAUCCUCGAAGGAAGAAGUUCUUGAAAAGUAUGCGCUAGCUGUGCUUGAUUCAAUUUCUCUUGCGCAAAUGCGACGCUUCUCUAAUCGCUCUCAAAAAUUUAUGGAUGCCUAUGUUAAAGGUCUCAAUGGCCGACAAGCAGCAUGGGCAGCCAGGAAGUACAAGGGUCACCGAGUGCUUCCUGAUAGCCUAAUGGAUGACCUUGAGAAGGCAAAAAUCACUUGA